CAAUAGUUGAUAAAAUUUAAAAUUAUAUAAACCCAGAGUUAAACCCUCUUAUUUAUUCAGUAUGAUCAUAAAAAUAAUAAUUCACAAAAAUGGGAAUGAUUUCCAGAUCAAACUUAAUCUCACACUUUUAUUUUACUUCAAAGCUGCCAAAUUUAGCUUCAAUCUUCUUCUUCUCCACUAAAACCCAGAAAACCCAAUCUUCAUUGCACGAUAGGAUUGCGAUGGUAAGAGAUCCAACGGCCUCAAUUUUUCCGAUUCUUGAUCAAUGGGUCAGCGAAGGAAACACUCUUCAGAAACCUUUACUUAUAUCUCUUGUUUACCUCAUGAAUGAUCAGAGACGCUUCAAUCAUGCUUUACAGAUCUUGCAUUGGAUGACUGAUCGUCGACAUUUCAGAUUAUCAGCGGGUGAAGCUGCAGUUAGGUUAAAGUUAAUCCAUAGAGUUUAUGGAUUACAUAGUGUAGAAAAAUCCUUCGAGCAACUCUCCGACAAGCAAAAAACUCAUCAUGUAUAUGGGGCCCUUCUUGCCAGCUAUGUGCGAGAAAACUCUGUUCAGAAAGCGGAAGCAAUUAUGCAGGAAAUGAAAGAGAAAGGAAUGGCAACUUCAUCUUUUGCUUACAACAUGAUGAUCAACCUUUACCGACAAAACGAAAACCUUGAGAAAAUUAACUUAUUGAUCGAGGAAAUGGAAAGAAACGGGAUCCCUCAAGAUCAGUACACAAUAAACAACCUGAUGGCCGCUUAUGUUGCUGCAGCGAAUAUUUCUGGAAUUGAGAAAAUCUUAAAUAAAUUAGAAAAAGACUCCCAGCUUGAUCAGUGCUGGAGCUUAUAUUCAACUGCUGCAAGUGGCUAUCUGAAAGUCGGGUUGACGGAGAAAGCUUUGACAAUGUUACAGAAAGUGGAGAAGAUAAUGCCCAAAACAGGAGAGAACACAUUGGCAUUUAAGUUUCUUAUCUCUCUUUAUGCAGCGGCUGGUAAAAAAGACGAGCUUUACCGAAUUUGGUACAGAUAUAAACCAUCAUCGGUUAAUGCAAAGGAGACACGAGUCGGAGACAUGAUUACCGCUCUCUCAAAGCUGGACGAUAUCGAGGGUGCUGAAAAGAUCUUUGAAGAAUGGGAGGCUCAAUGCACGAAAUACGAUUUUCAUGUUCUAAAUCGGCUUAUCGUUGCGUAUUGCAAGAACGGACUUCUUGACAAGGCUGAAGCAGCUGUGAAAAAAGCUGCAAAUGGAAGAACACCUUAUGCCAGUACCUGGAAUGUAUUGGCAAUGGGAUAUGUUUCACAAAGUAAACUGUCCAAGGCAGUUAAUAUGUUGAAAAGGGCACUAUCGGCCCCGCGAAGAGGUUGGUCGCCAAAUCCUACCACGUUGACGGCAUGUUUUGAGUACUUAGAAAAGCGAGGAGAUGUCGAAGAAAUGGAGGAAAUUAUGAAGUCAUUAAGAACAAUGGAUCUUUUAAAUAGGGAUAUGUAUCAUACAUUAUUUAGGACAUAUUCUGCUGCUGGAAGACCAGUUAGUAAAGUUGUUGAUCAGAUGAAGUUGGAUGGUAUUGAUGCUGAUGAAGAAACUACAAAGAUCCUUGAAGGUAACAAGAAUGUAUAUAUAUAACCUAGAACAACUGCCUAGACCACUGUAAGAGAGUUUUUGAUGCCAUUACUAUGACCUUUUUGAUUUUCAUA